GUUAACGCGAGGUCCAAGCUGGAUCAUGAGGCUGAGGCUGAAAUGUUCUGGAAUAUUAAAAGGUCUUUUCAGCAAACUUUUUGAAGUUUUCCUUUCAUACCAUCACGACUUUCUGGCGCCCAUGGCUGCCAAUCAGUCAGACCCCUCGUCAACGAGGGUUUCUCUGUCACAAUCCGACACGGCUAUCCUAGAGGCCUUGAUUCCGGGGUAUACGUUCAUAUCCCGCAUUUUCCUUUCUUAUCUUCACAUUGAUCUGGCCGCUUAUCUACAAUACUUUAUUGCAUUGGCCUUGUUCGGCAUCUCUAUGCGCUAUGUCUCCGAUUAUUUGACACAAUUUUUCGAAACAUACCUCAUCUCCACUGCAGAGAUGCGCCUGGACGAUGAGAUCUUCAACUACUUCAUGUACUGGUGGUCCCGACAGCCGCAUACAAAGCGCACAAACCGAUUCCUAGCCGGCGUCCGGACGAAUGGUUAUUGGAGCGAUGACGAAGAUUCUGACCGCGAGGAAUUGGACAGUGAAGAUGACGAGUGGGAGGGUGUUGAUAGCUCUACGAGUGCAGAAUCGUUCGAUGACUACUGGACGAGAGUUAUCAACCGUGACAAGUACAAGAAGCUCCGCUUUACACCUGCGCAGGGCCGUCACUACUUCUGGUACCAGGGGCGGCUGUUGAUGCUGGACCGACGAUACGAGCAGACGACAGCUCGCUGGGUACUCAACAACGAGAAGCUAUACCUGUCAUGCUUGGGUCGGGACCCUUCCAUUCUCCACAAGCUGCUGGCUGAUGCUCAGCAAAAAUUUGUCGAGCGCGACGGUGGUCGAACGAUCAUUUAUCGGGGACAGCGAUGUUCCUCUGGUUCGACAUUUAGUUGGAGCCGAUGCAUGUCUCGACCGCCACGACCUCUGGAUACGGUGAUCCUGGAUGAUACUCAGAAACAAGGAUUUCUUGCCGAUAUCGAAAACUACCUCGAGAGAGGAACGGCUGCAUGGUAUGCGGAGCAUGGUAUCCCUUACCGGCGUGGGUAUCUACUUUCCGGACCCCCAGGAACUGGCAAGUCCAGUCUUUGCUUCGCGGUGGCAGGCAAGCUUGGACUAAAGAUCUAUCUCUUGAAUCUGAGCUCCCGAGCCCUGGACGAGGACAAUCUGUACUCCCUGUUCUCCGAGUUGCCUCGACGAUGCAUCCUUCUCGUCGAAGAUGUUGAUACUUCCGAGAUCACCCACAGCCGAGGACCAUCGAUGUUUCCCCAGUCUGCUAAUACCAAAGAUGACAACUCGCCCCCCAAGCCGGGUGAGAAAUCCUCUCCGAAUGACACCAGCAAGAGAAACUCAGCCGAGAAGGCAGAGCAACCCGGAAUCACACUUUCAAGCUUACUGAAUGUACUUGACGGCGUAGCUGCCAGUGAAGGUCGUAUCCUUGUCAUGACAACCAACCAUCCUGAAAAGCUGGACGAUGCACUUUUGCGCGCAGGCCGUGUUGAUAUGCAGAUUGAGUUCAGACUAGCAAUCUCUGAAGACAUUGAGAAGCUCUACAAAUCAAUUUACUCUGUCUCGAAAGAAGUACGCACUCGUCGCCUCGAGAAUGGAAGCAGACCGCCUUCACAGAAUGGUACUGCAAAGCAUGCAAAAGGCCCAAGGGAUGAUGGGAAGCUUCUUGAUGGAGGAACAGAAGAACGCAAGCCAAACGGUGUUCACGGACGUCGGCACGAGCUGCAGAUUCGUAUUGCGUCUCUUGCCAAGGACUUUGCUUCUCUUGUACCCAGUGGAGAGUUUUCCCCCGCUGAGAUCCAGGGAUAUCUCCUUAAGCACAAGGGCCACCCCGAGAGAGCGAUUCGAGAAGUCGCAGAGUGGGUGAAGGAGGAGAAGGAGAAGAAACGUGCCAAGAAGGAAGCUGAGGCUAAGGCCAAGGAAACCAAGCACAACAGCGAAUCCUAAUACAAUCAUGAAAAGAGAUGUGUUAAUGAGAAUCGGAAGACUAGUGAUUUACCAAUUUAUCUAUCUAUUAUAGACUUGCGUAGACUAAAAUAUGGUGACUUGUUGAUCGCUG